AUGACGCCGCAAGGCGGAACCGUUACUGCGACAGCACCAGUACCUGGUAUCAGUAUUGCGCCUGGUUAUAAUAAAGGAUAUGCGCAAUAUCUGGCUCUACCACCUGCAAACGCAACGACGGCAACUGGCACGACGCUUAAUUGCGGGAAGUACCACGGAGCAGCUACUGGCGAAACUUGCGCUACGAUCUGUGUCAAGGAGGCGAUAUAUAUCGCAUUGUUCCUUCAGGUGAACCCGAGCUUGAAUCUCAACGAUUACGGCAACAUCGGGGCCUCGUCCUCGACCACUACAGCCACGUACUACCUCGACCUCUACAUCUCCCUGUAAAACAGUCUCUGGCUUAGUCUCACCGACACCCCCAAGCGCUAUUUGUGGGCAAAGGGGGACCUCGCACGCCCUAGAAGGAUCUGGGACGUUAGUUGCCUACACAAGUGGUUCUCCACAGGUUGGCUCUAUGGAAGCUUGCGCUGCACAGUGCGUCGCAACUGGGUGUUGCACGGCCUUCUAUUUUAUCAAGGGAGCUAACUGCAACUUAAAG